AUGUGGCCCUUGGCUGCAGUCAUCACCUCCUUGACCGUGGCCUUGACGGACGGCAUCUCUCAGGAGUACCCCAAGAUUCUGAACGGCACCAAUGGAACCAGUGGAUUUCUGCCAGGCGGCUACACCUGCCGCCCCCACUCCCAGCCCUGGCAGGUGGCCCUACUAGUGAGAGGGCGGCUGCUGUGUGGGGGAGUCCUGGUCCACCCCAAAUGGGUCCUCACUGCAGCACAUUGUCUGAAGGACGGGUACAGAGUGUACCUGGGCAAGCACGCUCUGGGGCGUGUGGAAGCCAGUGAGCAGGUGAGGGAGGUAGUCCUCUCCAUCCCCCAUCCUGAAUACCAGAGCAGCCCCACCCACCUGAACCACGACCAUGACAUCAUGCUUCUGGAGCUAGAGGCCCCGGUCCAGCUGACUCGCCACAUCGGCGUCCUGCCCCUCUCCCACAAGUGCCUACCCACCGGAACCUGCUGCCUGGUGUCUGGCUGGGGCACCACCAGCAGCCCGCAGGUGAGUUACCCAAAGACUCUACAAUGCGCUAACAUCCAGCUGCGCUCAGACGAGGAGUGUCGUCAAGUCUACCCUGGGAAGAUCACUCCCAACAUGCUGUGUGCCGGUACACAAGAGGGUGGUAAGGAUUCUUGUGAGGGUGACUCUGGAGGUCCCCUGGUCUGUAAUGGCACACUCCAUGGUAUCAUCUCCUGGGGAGACUUCCCCUGUGGGCAGCCCAACCGUCCUGGUGUCUACACACGAGUCUCUCAGUACAUUUCGUGGAUCCAGGACACAAUCCAGAAAUACAAAACUCAGGAGCAUCAAGGGAAGAAGGGCCCUGAAUAA